CGUGCGGGAAGGGAAUGGAAUGGAAUGGAAGGAGAUCGGGAGGGUGUGGCAGUUUUGCAAUCUGCCACACGGUUGCCACUUACAUAUUUCGAUAAGUAAAAAAUGCAUUGAGAAGGUGCAAACCACCAUCUCUUUCAUCUUUAAUUACCCCACCCCUAAUGAGCUAAAAACUGAGGAGACCGUGUGUUGAAUGUUAUUGGUCUUAACUACCGUGUGAUGAGAAAGAAGCAUUUUCUUCGACUUUAAAAUGCAUUGAGAAGAUAGAAGUACACUCUUUUAUGGACAAAUUUAGAAUGCCAAACGCAUACUUAUUCGUGGACGGAGGGAAUUAAUCGACACACAACUAUAAUUUGGUCACCAUGUCAUGUUAUUUAUUAUGGAGAGAUGUCACUAGUGAUACUAAGGAUCCCGGUCCAUUCAUCCAUAUUGCCCUCUCUCUUUUGCGGUUGCAUCAACCUCUGUCAAAGCACUUUCGCUUCUGUUUAUAAUCUGAAGUUUUAUUUAUUUUAUUGCAAUUAUCACCUCCCAACACAAGUUGUAUUAUCUCCUUCCGUUUGGUGGAUUUUUAUGAGAUACUGUUUCAGGCUGGCAUCGCUGCGGACCUGCCGUCGUGAAUCAGAUUACUGAGACUGAUUGCCGUUUCCUCUGCCAGUAGGCCGGACUUCACUGCUUUCGUGAAUCAGAUUAUUCAAGACUAAGAGAGAGCGAGCUUGCCGCUUCCUCUGUAGGUGAGAACCAGAUUCGUUAUUUCACUUUUUCUCUACGAUUCCCCAUCCGGCGCUACUGAAUAUAGAAUCUGGUUAAACGUCAACUGGCUAGCAUUCCGCGUAGCCAGUUUCAAACUGCAUCCAAGGUAAGCCUUGAUGACCUCCAAUUCCGGCUCACGGAGUCACCGGUCUUACAUACACUGUUCACAUUAGAUCAAAUGGGCGCAAGUGGAUCACUACUCUACACAUGACGGAGUACUUUCAUGAAAUACUACUGAUCCACUGUUCACAUGUAGAUCAAGCAUGGAUGCAAAUGCAAGCAGCGGGCGACCUAUAAAUAUGCGCCGGAUGAAUCACAUCGAUCACAGAUUCAAACGUCUCAAUCCACCUCAGCAUUCCAAGCCUCCCCCCUGCAUUACCACCAAUCUUGCUGCUUCUCUUGCUACAAAUAGUCUGACGGGCAACAUUCCAACUACACUUGGGAGCAGCUCUUCUCUUCGCUCUGUUGUUCUUGUGAACAAUAGCCUCACUGGACAUAUCCCGCCUCUCCUCGCUAAUAGUUCAUCCCUUCAACUUCUGGACUUAACAAACAAUCGCAUGAGCGGAGAGAUUCCUUCUGCGUUGCCUAACAGCAUGUCACUUCAAAAAUUAUCACUGGGAAUGAACAACUUUGUUGGGUCCAUACCAGCUUUGUCGAACAUUGGCCCACCCUUGCAAUAUCUUAAAUUGCAAUCAAACAAUCUUUCUGGCACCAUACCUUCUUCUUUAGGGAAUUUUUCUUCGCUUCGCUACCUCUUGCUUGGAGAUAAUAAUUUCCAAGGUAGAAUCCCAAUGAGUAUAGGCAAUAUUCUGUACCUGAGAGUACUAGAUCUCACUUAUAAUUCUUUGUCUGGGACAGUCCCUGACACUCUUUACAACAUAUCAUCACUUGCAUACCUUGGCAUGGGUAUGAACAUACUUGUAGGGGAAAUUCCAUAUAACAUCGGAUAUACCCUUCCAAACAUCCAAACUUUGAUUAUGCAAGGAAACAACUUCACAGGACAAAUCCCCAUUUCAAUAGCCAACACAACCAACCUUCAGGUGAUCAACCUCCGCGACAAUUCAUUCCAUGGUAUUGUUCCUUCUUUUGGGACUCUUCCUAGUCUAGUAGAUCUGAAUCUAGGCUGGAACCAACUUCAAGCAGGAGAUUGGUCUUUCUUAUCCUCAUUGACCAAUUGCACACAACUGGAGAAGUUGCGCUUGGAUGCAAACAACCUUGAGGGUGUCUUGCCCAAUUCCAUUGCAGGCCUUUCAAAGAGCUUAGAGUUAUUGUUAUUAAGAUCAAAUAGAAUAUCUGGCACUAUACCUUUGGAGAUACAGUACUUGACAAGCCUCAGACGUCUUUACAUGGAACGAAAUUUGCUUACUGGAAAUCUUCCUGAAUCAGUUGGAAAUCUUUCCAACUUGUUUGUCUUAAGCUUGUAUCAGAACAAACUUUCCGGAUCAAUUCCACUUUCUGUCGGUAAACUGAGUCAACUGAGUGAGCUCUAUUUACAGGAAAAUAAUUUUAGUGGCCCUAUCCCAGGAGCUUUAGCAGGCUGCAAGAAGUUAGAAAAACUAAACCUCUCUUGUAACAGCUUUGAUGGGACAAUACCAAAGGAGUUGUUUUCUCUUCCCUCCCUUUCCCAGGGUUUGGACUUGUCCCACAACCAACUCUUUGGACAUAUACCUCCGGAGAUUGGCAGCCUGAAAAAUCUUGGGCCACUGAAUAUUUCCCAUAAUCAACUGUCUGGACAAAUACCCCCCACUCUAGGUCAGUGAGUCCAUCUGGAGUCCCUCCACAUGGAGGGUAACCUCUUUCAUGGGAAAAUCCCUCACUCCUUCAUAAGUUUGGGAGGCAUCAUUGAGAUGGAUCUAUCUCAAAACAACUUAUCAGGUGAAAUCCCUGACAUCUUUAAGUUCUUUAAGUCUAUGAAGCUUCUCAAUUUGUCCUUCAACAAUCUCGAGGG